AUUACUACUAACCUCUAGUUAACCACUCAAGUGAGACACUCUCACCGACCUCUCGGGCCAUUACUUCGCCCUCAGGUUCGCCGGACGUAAUGCCUCCGCCGUCGGAAACUGUGAAACGCCGCGCGAAGCCGACUGUCCCGCGAAAGCCACGACCGCUCAGUAUUGGCAGUCCGUAUGCCGUGAAGAUGAAAGUGGAGGACAAAGUGGAGCCCAGACAGGACUCGACGCACGACAGGACACCGUUUAGCGCACGCGGCGGCCGAUCCCACGACAAACAGGCGCCGCAAACGACGCCCACAUCGGCGGCGGUUCACAUGCGGCCGAACCGCACGCGAAGCGCCGGCGGUCAGCCCCGACCGAUGUCACUGAUUUCGCCCGAUUCCUACGAACACCAUAUGGCGACCACCGGAGGCGCCCCUAAGCCGACACCGCCGCGAAAGCCGGCGCACGUGAAGGCGGCGGCGAUGGCCCGCAAAGCCAACAAAUCGGUGGACAGUCCAGUGCCGCCGCAGACACCGCCUCAACCGGACAGCCCGACCGCCGAUCACAGCGUAUCGUUUGCUAAGUGUAAACCUAAUAAUAGUAAUAAUAACAGUUCCGACGGUAUUGUCAAACAAAACUCCUUGGAAUCAACUGUCGUGCCAUCGAUUGAGCCAAAUGAGGCCGCGGUGUCUACUGGCGCCCCGACGGCCACUAACGGCGCCACCACUCCAUGUGAUACACCGCCGCAGACGCCGUCGGGCAAGAAGGAGGUGUCCGAAGAGGACUACAAGAAGAUGAUGGCCGAGAAGAGACGUCUGGCCAGAGAGCAGGCGGAACGGGAGGCCGAACAGGAGAGGCAACGACUGCUCAAAGAGCAACGCGAAGAGGAGGAGAGACAGCGCCGGGAAGAGGAGGAACAGAGGCGUCUGGAAGAGGAACAGCUCAGACUCAUUGAGAUUCAACGCCGCGCCGAAGAGGAACGCCUCCAGAAGGCUAUGGAGGAGAACCGUUUGCGCGAAGAGGAAGAGGCCAAACGUCGGGCCGAAGAGCAACGGCUCCGAUCCGAGAAGGAGGAGAAGGAGCGCCGGGCGAAGCACGAGGCGGACCAACAGCGCCGUGAGCUCGAGGAGCGACUCAAACGCGAUGAGGCCGAGCGUAUCGCUAGGAAAAAGAAAUUGGAGGCAAUCAUGAGUCGGACCCGAAAGCCGCCGACCCCUACCGCCCCUCGAGUUGAUUCGUCGACACCUCCGGCCCACUCGCCUAACGAGACACCGGAGCCUCCGGUCAACGAGCACUCCAAUCACAGUACGCCCGAAAAGAGUCGAGAAGUGGCCAAAAAUCAUCAAAAUUUGAUGAAAAAUGAAGAUUUAGUGAUCAUAACGACCGCCACUCCCGAUCUGGUGGUCGACGCGGACAGAGCUAUGCUCAACAAUAGGCAAAACAACGGCUCCAACGGCGGUGUCAGCGGUGGUCAGACGCCGCACAACGGUUCCCAUCAAUACAAUAUCAAUAAUAAUAAUCAUAUCGAGAGCUUCAGUGUUUCGGGCGAUCUGUUAGGAAUGGGUUCCGCCGCUAACCCAUCGUUAGAUCAAUUAAUUCACAUAAACUACUCGACGCCAAACACCAGGACUGAUGACCUCAACUCCAAUAACCCGUUCGCCAACGGAAACGGCUUCACAAACGGCGGCGCCGGACAUAAAAGUCAAGAACAAACAGCCAUUACAGGCAAGCAUUUAUACCCUUUACCCCUAACCCCUGCCCUCUCACCCAUGUAUACUGAACUUAUGACUGAUGACCUCAACUCCAAUAACCCGUUCGCCAACGGAAACGGCUUCACAAACGGCGGCGCCGGACAUAAAAGUCAAGAACAAACAGCCAUUACAGGCAAGCAUUCAUACCAUUUACCCCUAACCCCUGCCCUCUCACCCAUGUAUGAGUGA